UAUAAAGGGCAACUCGCGUCUCUGGUAGCCCACAGUUGGUCUCCAACACAUUCUAUUACCACUUCAAUUCCCUUUUCCGGAGUUUCUAUUCUGUCAGCUAUCUCUAAAUUGACGCUCACCAUGCCUUCUUGGCUCCUCACGCUCGGCACCGGCUUUGCCCUGGCGCAGACCAUCUCGGGCGCCUACAUCUACAUUAAGACUACCCAACCACCAGCCAACAGUUACGUGACCCAUUGUACCGUCAUCAUCGACGAGGAGCUCUUCGGCUGUGAGGGUAGCUCCAACCCGUUCAAGAAGAAGUGUGGUAAGAAUACGGGUACCGAGACGAAGGAGAUCUGUGAAACCGCCUCCGUCACCGUCAACUGGGACACUGGUGACCUGCAAUUCAAGAAUGAUCAUGGAGAUCACGCCAACUGCACGCUGAGCACGACCAACGAGUGGGGCGAGUGUGAUACCAGCGACGCGAACAAGUACCCCAAGAUCCAGGACAACCACGCCGAAAGCCUUUUCAGCGUCAGCAGUGCGUUAUACGGGUUGGCACCCGUCGCUGCAGGACUACUGAUUUAAGGAGAUUUCAAUGUCAGCCUGGCUCAUAGUCUCGCUUUCUCCAUGCUCAAUCUAUGGAAGGGCUACGCGAGACCUCUUCCUCUCUGAUCGCGUACCCCCAGUCGGAUUUCCACCAUUGGCCUCUACGGCUAAGAAGGUGAAAGACAAUCAAGUGACGUCAACACUCAAGUCAACAAGGAUAUUUAUUGUUUUGGAAGCCAUGUCCGGGAACAGAAUAAGGAUUUAUGGGAACACUUGUA